CUUCAACUUCGUGUUUGCUUCUACCAUUGAGAUAGCAUGAUACAUAUACACAUUGGUUCAUUCAUGUAAUCGACCAUUGUUCAAACUGAGAAUAAGGUCACAUGCUUGGGGUACUCUGACGAUUCUACAUGAGGCUCAUGUCUUGUUUGCGCAAUCUGUCCUGAUCAAACCCUGCAUAUCUUUCAAUCGCCGACUCAUCCGAAUCCACCUCCUUCCGAGUCCCUAUCAUUGUUGGGCUCACCGCAGAUCAUCAUGACAAUCUCAACAGCCGGAUCAGUCAAAUCAACCGGCAUAGCAAGUCUCGCUUGCGUCGUCUGCAGGAAGCAACAUCUCAAGUGUGACGCGGGGAAACCCUCGUGUUCGCGUUGUAAAGAGACAGAGCAAGUAUGCUACUACGAACCAUCGCGCCGCGGUGGACGUCGUAAGAAGCAUCGCUCACCUGCGGAAACCCAACAAAGGAGUAGACAGCCCGUGAUGCAGGCUUCUCAAAACGACCAGCAAUCUUCAUAUGUGGAUUGCGUAACUGUUAAUCCCAUCAGUCUACCAAUUACACCGACGUCGUCUUCUCAGGAAUUACCGUCGUCUGGAAUAAGUCAGAGUACAGCUACCAACAAUGAUUUGGUUGGAGCUGUCACCCAACAAACCCGACAAUCACCCCGGGGCGAAAAUGUGCAAAACCAGCGCCGGAUCAGUAACGACCAAACCCCUGCUCGACAAUCUCAACCUCAGAAUGGCAAUGUCAUGUCAUAUCUAACCCAUCUUGACCCUAAUAUCAUUACCCAAACAUUCGGCGGCAACAACUUGGCAAGUCUCAAUACCCCCGUACAGCCUUGUUCAGAUGGAGAUCGCCUCCUUCGACUGUACUAUGAGAACUUUCACAACGCUCAUCCCUUCCUCGUUCCAAGUUCGGUGUUCACAUCGCGGAACUAUCCUCCAUAUUUGCGGCGCAUGGUUGAGUUUGCGGGCUCUCACUAUGCUUCUUCUGGGCCAGACGCCCAGCUGCGCGCUGAAGUCGCCACUGAUAUGAUGUCCGCCAUUGAAACAUCGACUUAUAUGGUUCAGUCACUUCUAAUCUACUCCAUUCUUUUGUUCUUCAGUCGCGAUCUUGAUACCGCGAACAGAACGUUCGGUCAAUGCACACAAAUGGCCAUGGAUUUGGGAAUGCAUCGCGAAGACUUUGCAUCAUCGAGACAACUCGACAAUCCGAUUGAGGCCGAGAGUCUGAGGAGAACUUGGUGGGAGAUUUACGUCACUGACAUCUCUAUGGCUAUACCGCCCAAGACAAUGAUUCUCCGAUGCAGUAGCACUCCCCCCAAGGUUCUCUUACCAUGCGAAGAAGCAUUCUAUAAUGGCCGUUUGGAUAUUCCUCCAUCACAUCAUGUUCUUGAGUUCAAGAGGCGGGUACUCUCAACUGGCGACGUGGCUUUCUCGUCAUUCAGCUAUCGCAUCGAAGCCGCGACGAUUCUAGGACGUGUGUUGCUACUGAAUCAGUUGAAGAACACCAGCCACGAUCAUACGCAGUCCAUUGAGAAUGCUCUCCUGAGCUGGUCAAACCACUUGCCCUCCGGAAAGUUGGAGAUCGUUGACUCGUAUGGUAACAUCGAUGAGAUGAUGUUCCAGGCACAUAUGAUCAUCGCUUUGGCCAGCAUGCUCUUACAUCUCCCGCGCAGCAACUUGUACCCGCUACUAGCGGAUGUCAAAGACCCCUUCCUGCCUUUUUCGCAGAACCAUCCUCUUUCAUCAUCAACAAGUCUGAUUCAAGGCAUCAAAGCAACAGACGCUUCGAGACGCAUAUCAGAUUGCAUAUCCCUCUGCCCCAAUGUACCAAAACAUACACCAUUCGUCAUUCCAGCGCUGGCGCUAUGUGGAUUCAUCCAAAUAGCCACAUCCCAAGGCCAUCCCGACGAAUGCUUCGAACACCACUACAACCGCGUUACCCUUGUCCUAGGAUGCCUCAAGAGCGCCCGGCGCAUGUGGCGCAUGGCAGAAGCAGAAUACGACCGCCUUCGCUGCUGCGCUUCAGAACUCAUCGCCGAUGCCAUGGACAGAAUGAAUGCGCUGCCUUUAUCGCAAACAAUACCCAACUCAUCAUCGUCAAUACCUGCGGCAUCUGAUCAAGGCGGCGACUUGACACUUAUAUCGCCGGCUCGAGGAAAUGCAGAUUCUGGAUUGCCAAGAUUUGAUCCUCUGUUUCUGGAUCCUGUUUGUUAUGAUUACUCAUUGUUUAGCGCUUUGCCCGACUUUCAUAGCUCUUAGACUGUCUUGUUUUGUUUAGAAAAGUGGAAAAAGGAUACCCUGCAAGGCAAAAUUGACCCUACUCAUUUUUGAAGCACAAAUGUGCGAUCUUUCCUCGAUAAAAAUUCUCUAGAUGAAUGUCUCAGAAAAUGCCUUCCGACUAAGCAUCAUGUAACUCCCAAAGAGCUGAAGUCGUUUCAUUGGUUGCAGGGUGUGCCCGAUACUGCUAAGCGC